AUGUCCACCACCUAUAUCAUCGGCGACAACACUGGCGGAAAGUACUUCGCUGGAGAGGGAGGCAAGCCCGCGGAAACGACCCUCAAGGUGCCAACGCAGUUCCUCACCGCCAGCGAUGACAAUGCCCAGGCGGUGAGCCUGAAGCUCCUUCAUGAUCGAGGUGCCGUCUACAGUGCGUACCGGGACGGCCCCGGCGGCGAGAAGAAGGUCGCCUUGGUGAGCACUGGACCCGACCCGGUCAUCCAGAACUUUGAGAGAUGCACUGGCGAGGAUUGGGAAAUCGCUCAGUCCGUCAUCCCCUACACUACCCACACCGAUUGUAUGGUGGCGUUUGGCGGCCGCAAGUGCUGGAUGAACAAUGGUGCCAAGGUGAAGAGCGCGGAUAGGACCGAUGGCGACAACUCGAACAAUAUCGAGCUGUGGAGCGGUCUCAUUGUCAUCGCUAUCACUCGGAUUGGCGACGGUAGGUCACCGCAGUUUGAACAGUACCUGACAACGCCAGACGGGGCUCGGCUGUACGCUGUGCAAGUUGACGAUUGGCUUCUUGAACUGGAUAAGAGCGAGCGGAUCUUCACGCCCCCCGGAGAGCAAACCAACGAAGUCAAGCUCGUGUCCAGUGACAAUCGAUGCCUCUUCUGGAACAAGACCGAUCAGACAGUCUACGAGAUAGUCUUCAAAGGCGUCAUCAGCGAGCCUACCAUCAAGACGAUCUGGGACGCCAAGGAUGACCCCGUGACGGAUAUCGUCGGGGGUACCGAUGGUCGCUUCAUCGUUGUGACUUCCAGGAGGGCCUUCCUUCUCACAGGCGACAAGCUGGACGAGAUCAAGAUCCCCAACGAGGAGCUCGGUGGGGAUGCCUACAAGUGGGCUCUCGGUCACGGGUGGGAGAUCUACUUCGGAUAUGACAAGAUCUGGGGUCGAGGCAAAAAUGUUUCCAACGUCCUUCUCAGCGACGCGAAUGAGCUGAAGGACUGGACUGAGAUCAAGAUUCCCAAGGACGCCUCCGGCAAGAAAGGACCUUUCGAUGCGAUCAGCAUCCAAAAGGUCUGGGCGGCUCCCAAGGCUUGGGCGUUCCAGGUCUGGGACGAUUAG